UUUGUCGACUAUUAGUUGACUAUAAGUUGACAUUCAGCUUGACUUUGAAGUCGAUUUUAGACUUCUGCUGCCGACUGACAGUCAACUAAUAGUCGACUUGGUGCUGUUUGGUAACUAACAAUAAAACAUGAAAAUGGAAGCACACAGAACGCCGAUUCAAAGCUUUUAUGCUGGACAGACGAUAUUUAUUACAGAAUUUCACUUAUGCAGAGUGUUUUUUAAUAAGUGCGAAAAAUUUUAGAUGAUUCUUAUCGAAAAUUAAGGGAGGGUUUUUCAUUUAAGCAUAUACUCCUACGUCCCUCUCUGUGGAGUUAUUCCUCCAAAAGUGGAGGUAAAAGUUAGGUUUUUAUUUUUUCCUCAAAUUGGGAACAAGUUAAAGAAAAUCACCAAAUUUCAUUUCUUUAAUUUAUUCCAAAUUUGUGAAAAAAAAUUAAAACCUAAUUGUUACCUCCAUUUUUACUAAGUUUAUUUUAUUAAUUUUUAUUCCUAUCCUUGUGUACACAUACGUACAUAUAUGUACGUCAUUCCUUUAUUAUUUGAACGUGUAGGAGGUACCGGUUUUCUUGGAAAAAUCUUAAUUGAGAAACUGUUACGAAGUUGUCCCGAUAUUUCUACAAUAUACAUAUUGAUACGCUCGAAAAAAGACAAGAAUCCCGAAAGACGACUGGAUGAAAUGUUUAAUAGUUUGCUUUAUGACCGUGUGAAAAAGGAAGUACCCAAUUUCCGCAAAAAAGUCGUGCCGAUCGUAGGCGAUCUCGAAAUCGAGAACUUAGGAUUGUCGGAAAAUGACAAGAAUAUACUAAUUCAUAAGGUAUCCAUAAUUUUUCACGCGGCAGCUAAUAUACGCUUUACUGAAAAAUUAAAACUUCAUAUACAAGUAAAUAUUUGCGGUACCAAUACCAUUUUGAGCAUCGUCAAGCUUAUGCCAAACUUAAAGUCAUUUAUUUAUGUAUCAACUGCAUAUUCGAAUUUCAACAUGAAGCAUAUCGGAGAACAUGUUUACACAUAUCCCAUUAAUUACAAAGAUAUUAUUUCGUUUGUACAUACCGUAUCCGAAAACGAAAUCGAGGAAAAAAUGACAAAAAUUGUCUCACAAUGGCCGAAUACAUAUACAUUCACGAAAGCAAUGGCAGAAGGGCUUCUCAAAGAUGAAGGCCACAAUUUACCAAUUGGAAUAUUUCGGCCUGCCAUAGUUUCAUCCAGCGCUCGUGAACCGCUCGUCGGAUGGAAUGAUAAUUUCUUCUCAGAAGUAGGAGUACUAGUGUCUAUAAUAAGCGGUUUCCAAAGAUUUGUGCUAUGCGAUCCAAGCAUCCCUUUAAAUUUUGUGCCCGUCGAUCACACCGUAAACGCUAUAAUCGCGAGCGCAUGGGACGUCUUUACCCAAUUCAAAAGGGGCAAAGACAUGUUAGUGUAUAAUUUCGCACAGACGGCCGAUGAACCGACUUUGGGUGAAUGGUUGUAUAAAAUUCUCGACAUAAAUGAGACAUAUCCCAUAUACACAGCUCAAUGGUUGCCUUUUGUAAUAAUAUCACGAGGGAGAAUACUACCUCGUCUUUGCAUUUGGCUCUAUCAUUUGCUUCCGGCGUUACUUAUAGACACCGUAAGCAUUUGCAUGAACCGUCGUCCGAGAACAACUUAUACAUCUUUCAGAUUGUGGGAAUUAUAUAGAAAGAUUCAUAAUACAACUUAUGCAAUGGCACCCUUUAUAACAAGGCGUUGGAUUUUUUCCUGCGACAACGUUGAAGCGAUGUGGAACCAUUUGAAAGAACAGGAUCGACAGUUAUUUAUGUUUUACAUGAAGAAAUUUGACUGGACGACAUAUUUUGUUGAUCAUUUCAAAGGCAUUCGCUUUUUUUUACUCAACGAAGAUGAUAGUACUCUAGAAAUAAGUCGUAUUAGAUAUAAAAGGCUUUACUGGAUCCACCAAACCUGCAAAACUCUACUUAUCUUUGUCGCCGUUUGGAUCGCCGUAAUUAUAUUUCUAAAAUUAUUUACAUAACUUUUACACAUUUUUCCUAGAACAUAAACAUACGCUUUGCGCACGCUAUUUGUUCUUUGGCGUUAUAUGUAUAUUAUAAUCGGGAAUAAUUUUUAUUAAAUUAUCUUAAAAACAA